AUGGCUGCAUCAUUCACUUUCUUACCUGACGUCCGCCCUUACAAGACCGCAUGGAGGGUCCAGGUUAAAAUCCUUCACACUUGGCGCCAAUAUACGAGCAUGACCGGUGAAACCUUAGAGUUGAUUGUUUAUGAUGACAAGGGUUCUAAGAUUCAUGCCGCCGUGAAAAAAGAUCUGGUGAAUCGUUACGUGCAUAAUCUCCCUGUCGAUGAAUGGAGGUUUAUUGAGAAAUUCCAACUCACCCAUGCCUCUGGAGAGUUCCGCCCAACAAACCAUCUUUCUAAGAUGGGUGCAUUUGCAUCACCCGUACACAAUCGGGUCUUUGCUGGUAAAGUAGUUGUGUUCGGAGGUGAUUUCAGACAGAUUUUACCAGUGAUAAAUGGUGCAGGGCGAGCAGAGAUAUUGCUAGCAGCUCUCAGUUCGUCUAAUCUUUGGGAUCGCUGUAAGGUUUUGAAAUUGACUAAGAAUAUGUGUCUACUGCAGAGUAACAUAAGUCAAAACAAAGCCAAAGAUAUCCAAGAUUUUUCAGACUGGUUAUUGGACGUUGGUGAUGGUAAGAUUUCUGAACCAAACGACGGUGAUGCUUUGAUAGACAUUCCAAAAGACUUUUUGAUUACAGAAGCAAACAGCCCUAUUGAAGAUAUAUAUACUGAAAUUUAUGGUGAUCAUGGGAUGUUUGAAAAGAAUGUUGAUGCGAAAUUCUAUCAGGAAAGAGCUAUAUUGGCACCAACGAAUGAUGACGUCAACAUCAUAAAUCAGUAUAUGCUAGAGAAAUUGGAUAGUGAGGUGAUGGAGUAUUUGAGUGCUGAUAGUAUUGAACCUACUCAUACGGACUCUUUGACAAAUCCUGUGAUUACACCUGAUUUUUUAAACAAUAUCUAG